AUGGCAGUGAGAAUGGUGGUGUUUCAAAUAAUUGUCUUAUUGGGAUCAAUGAAUGCAUUUGUAAAAGCAGUGGGUUUGGUGAACAGUUCAAAAUGUAGUGAAGCAACCUGUGGGAACGUUAGCAUUCCAUACACUUUUAGAAUAGAUACCGAUUGCAACAUGACCAACUUGUAUUGGAUAAAUUGCAGUCACAGUUUCAGUCCUCCCAAGCCUUUCUUGGCGUCCAUAAACCUGGAGGUUUUGGACAUUUCAUUAGACGACGGCACACUUCGCGUCAACUAUCCAAUGUUUUGGGGUUGUUCUAAUGCUACAAGGAUAAAAUUUGACAGCUAUUAUUCAAGAAGUCUUGUCUUCUCCCAAUCAAGAAACAAAUUCAUUGCCAUAGGUUGCAACAAUUUUGCUUCAUUGAUAGAUGCAGAAAGUGCUAUUCUUUGUGGGUGCAUGUCCGUUUGUGAUAACAAAAACAGAGAGAUGAAUAUCAGCAAUAGUUGCAAUGGCAUCAACUGCUUCCAAACUACGAUCCCUUCAGUUCUCCAGGACUUCUCUGUAUCUCUGAAGUCAAUAGACACCGAAUCUGACAGAAUUAACCCAUCUUGCAAGUAUGCAUUCAUUGUAGAACAGAAGUGGUUUGAGACCAAUUUAACAAACCCGUUUGAAGUCCAAAAUAUGUCCCACGUUCCUGUGGUAUUGGAAUGGCUCAUCGAUCCAACAUUAUUUCCUCUUGUAACUGGAAAUAGACUGUCAUCUGAAGAAACCUCAACCUAUGUUUGUGCUAAUCGUUCUUCAACUCUUACAUGUUCUUGCAAACGAGGCUUUAAAGGGUAUCCCUAUCUGCCUCAUCCUGAACGAUGUGCAGGUAAACUACUUCUCACCUCCGUCUAUUAA